ACGUCGGCGUUGUUCUCAGGCUUUUGUUAGAUAGGGAGAGGCAGGUUCAAAUGCCACUGGGAAGAGAAAUUUUUUUUUUUCCGCGGUCAGGUUUUUAUGUAAUUGUUCCACUGUAAAUGUCUCACAUAUAGGAACCCAUAGGUCACGGAUUAAAUCAGUUCACAGCGCCAUUAGCGAGUUUAAUAUGUUAUGAUACUCAUCAUGGUAGAGUUAUCACUAAAGAAAAGUUAGCUCGGUUAGCUCAGUGGGGUUUUCCGCAGUCAACCUAGGCGUUUAUAAGAUGUAAGAUAUAAGAGCUGGGAUUUGGUAUAAGGAGUGUUUUUGUGUAGCUUGACGUUAAUUAAUUAGUUCCUUCAUAUCCAUCAGUGUGUAGAUUCUGAGGUGAUUAGCGGAAAUAAUAGCAGCGGUGUCCAGAAUAAAACUAGACACCGGUAAUAAUGGUGGCACUAAUUUGGUUUGUUUCAGAGCCUAAAAUGGUGUCGUUUUCCCAUUAAGAGUGACUAGCGUGAUAAAUCUCGGGAUAAAUCCUUUUACUUUUAAUGAUAAAGUGGACAGCCACUCGAGUGACUUGUUUCUAGGCUUAACUUCAUUCACUUCCCCUGAGGAGACUCUUUAUACACCGAUUCAGGCUUUCAGACCCACUCUUACACUCGUUUGCAACCACUUUCAGUCGCUUUAUUAGUAUUACAGCUCCAUUAAUAUACUGUAUAAGUAUAAUGGGUUCGGCUAGCUUUGCGUGCUAGCUGCUCUAAUACACUGUAUUGUAGUUAGCCUCAGUGCUAGCGCCGCUAGCUUCUUUUUCAUCUUCACUUCCAUCUCCUGCGGCUCUUUUUUUUUUUUAAAGCGAUGUCGAAUAUUAACAACGACGCCGUGAGCUUGAUUAAAGACGUAAAACCAGGAUCUAAAAACCUGCAUAUCGUCUUUAUAGUUCUGGAAAUAGGUCGCGUGACCAAGACAAAGGACGGACACGAAGUGCGGUCGUGUAAAGUCGCCGAUAAAAGCGGAAGUAUCGCCAUCUCCGUGUGGGAUGAGUUGGGCAGCCUGAUCCAGCCUGGGGACAUCAUCCGCCUCACCCGAGGAUAUGCCUCGAUUUGGAAGGGGUGUCUUACCUUGUACACAGGCCGAGGUGGAGAUCUGCAGAAAAUUGGAGAGUUCUGCAUGGUGUACUCAGAAGUUCCAAACUUCAGUGAGCCAAAUCCUGACCUGCUAGCCCAAGCCAACCAGCAGAACAAAACGGGUAAAGAACCGCAUGGAAACUCCCCACCUAAUCAAAAUGCUGCACCUCCUGUCCAAGCAGGAAAUGGCACCAUGCAGACGUAUCCCAAUAAUGCCGCCCCCCUGCCAGCCAGUUUCCCAGCUCCCGGGAGAGCGAAUGGCCGUGCUCCUGGAAAUGGCCCGCCGCCAGUCACUGCAGGACAGCCUGCACCUUCAAAACCAUCAGUCACCAUCAGCAACGGCAGGGACCCUCGACGUGCUUCCAAGAGAUAAAGCACACUCAAAGCUUGAAUUUUUUUUUUUUUAAAUAACUGCCAAUCAAGAGACACAAUCUAAUAUUACAGUGCCGUCAGCUGAGUGUUGGCUUUGUCCUCUUUGACGUAGGACUGUUAGAGUAGGGUUUUUUUGGAGAACAGUUGUUACCCCCUUUUUUAAAUUUUAUUUUAAGAUCCCUUCCUUGCCCUUCUAUUUAGUGCAGGUCUCGACACCUGCCCUCAUGUGGAGUUUCAACAAUCCACCCUUACUUGAACACUCGAUGCACUUUCUUCGCUUAAUUUAUAAUGACUUGCUGUUAGAGGAAUUCAGUAAUGGUUAACUGCUGUUGUAAACGUGCAGGCGGAAGCCCCUGGCUGCCUUUUUUUUGUGUGGAAGGGAGUAUGCCCUUUAGCCAAAUAUAUACCAAAAGUGACUGUGUGCAAAAGAGGUGAGGGUUUGAUUCUGAUGCUUAGGUUUAUUUAAUUAGAAAUUAAAUACUAAAAUUAAAA